AGUAUUGGUGCAUCAUUUCAAUGCCACUCAAUCCAUCAAGAUCACAUUUAUACUGAUGACAGUGACAAGAGCGAAGACAGUCCGAGUCCCAAGCGACAGCGCCUUUCCCAUUCAGUCUUUGACUACACAACAGCAUCACCAACCCCAUCACCACCAAUGCGACCAUGGGAGAUGACGUCAAAUAGGCAGCCUCCUUUGGCUCGACCCAACCAACACCACUUCUCAGGGGAACGAUGCAGCACACCUGCACGAAACAGGAGGAGUCCUCCUGUUCGACGUCAGAGAACAAGGAGAGAUCGUUUGUCUAGACAUAAUUCUAUUAGCCAGGAUGAAAACUAUCACCAUCUCUCCUAUGGACAGCAGCAAGCAAUAGAAGAGCCUCGAGCCUUCCGCCCACCGAAUGUAUCUCCUCGUAUGUUGCACCCAGCUGCUCACCCACCACAGCAGAAUGCAGUGAUGGUUGACAUUCAUGAUCAGCUCCAUCAGGGCACAGUUCCUGUUUCAUACACAGUGACAACUGUGGCUCCGCAUGGGAUACCACUUUGCACAGGCCAGCACAUUCCAGCCUGCAGCACGCAGCAGGUUCCAGGGUGCUCAGUGGUUUUCAGUGGCCAGCAUCUUCCAGUUUGCAGUGUGCCUCCCCCAAUGCUUCAGGCGUGCUCAGUCCAGCACUUACCUGUACCAUAUGCAGCAUUUCCGCCCCUCAUUUCUAGUGACCCAUUCCUCUUGCAUCCUCCUCAUAUCUCUACACACCACCCUCCUCACUUACCUCCUCCAGGACAAUUUGUUCCUUUCCAAGCACAGCAGUCACGAUCGCCACUUCAAAGGAUAGAAAAUGACGUAGAAUUGCUUGGAGAACAUCUUCCUGUAGGAGGUUUUACAUACUCUCCCUCAGCCCAUCCACCAACGUUGCCUCCCUCAGGUCCUCUUCAAUUCUUAGCCCAUGAUCCAUUACACCAGGAGGUGUCAUUUGGGGUACCUUACCCACCUUUUAUGCCUCGAAGACUGACAGGGCGCAGCAGAUACCGAUCACAGCAGCCAAUACCACCACACCCUUACCAUCCCAGCCUAUUACCUUAUGUGCUAUCAAUGCUCCCAGUGCCACCGGCAGUUGGACCAGCUUUCAGCUUUGAGUUGGAUGUGGAAGAUGGAGAGGUAGAAAACUAUGAGGCACUGCUGAAUUUGGCAGAACGUCUGGGAGAAGCCAAACCACGGGGAUUAACAAAAGCAGAUAUUGAGCAGCUUCCAUCCUACAGGUUCAAUCCAAACAAUCACCAGUCAGAGCAGACAUUAUGUGUGGUGUGCAUGUGUGAUUUUGAGUCAAGGCAGCUACUUAGAGUCUUACCCUGUAACCACGAAUUCCAUGCCAAGUGUGUUGAUAAAUGGCUGAAGGCAAAUCGUACCUGCCCGAUUUGUAGAGCUGAUGCUUCAGAAGUGCAUCGUGAUUCAGAAUGACCAAUCUAAGAGCACAAAUCUGGUUUGGGUGUUUCUGGUCACAUGUAUAUAUGAACUCUCUAUUGAACUCACCUACCCAUGUGGCUUCCAGCCUACCCUUUACACAAAAGGGUCAGCGGACCUUACUUUGCACUGUGUGACUUAAUCAAUUAUGAAGCUUAUAACUAGUCUUCACAGUUACGGGAUUGUAAUACUAACAAGUGUGAUUGGAAUUCCAAAGAUUUUUUUUGUUUAAGCUUAAUUUUGUGUGUGCACUAACAUUCCCUGGGUUUUGUGUGAUCAUUCCAAGUAUUGCUGCAAGAUUACUGUGGAUGUGAUCUUUUAGCAUGUGCUUUUAUAUAAAAGAAAAAGAAAAAAAAAGUGAUAGCUCCAAACAAUAUAGCAAUCUACCUUAUAUAGAGCCUUCAGAUACUGUGAGUGGGGAUGAAUGGUGUGAGUGUGUGUUUGACUGUGAGAGGGUGAGUGAAGUGUGCUGGUGACUGGAUGCGCGUGCGUGUUUGAGAACCUGUAUACCAGCAUGUACUGAGAAUGUGUGUGUGUAGUAAUAAUUAUGCUGCAGUGUAUAAUCUUGUGUGUUAUUUAAACAGUACUAGUACUGUACACUGGUUCCUUUCCUUGUGUUUGCAGUUGCACACUGAAUGCGAUGGGUGCAGCAAUUACAGGCAUUUAGUAUUUUGUCCCCAGCGUACUUAGAGGUGUAAAGACCUUUCUACCUACUACUAUUCAAACAGCUGUUAUGCUUCCCCUUCACUGGAGGCUUUAAGUGUGUACCACUAAAAAAUGCAUUGAUUGUUCAUACAUGAGUAACCUUGUGGUUUUUAUCAUAUGUUACAAAGUCUGGAUUUUUUUAUGGCUGAUCUACAAGUUAUUUUAUCAAUGUAGAGUCGCAAUAUCACAUUUAGCAAUAUUAAUGUUUUCAAUUGCUAAUACGAAUAUAAAUUUUUUUUUGUUUUUCUUUUAAAUUUUUUCUAGCUGGGUUUACCAGUUAUGUGUUUCUUCCAUGAAAGCAGGAGAAAGUAUACUGAGGAUGUCUGGUCUUAUGGAACUGCUCUUAACUUUUGCCCAUUGUCAUUGCUAAGGACAUAAUCUUUUAGCUUACAAACUUUGGCUUCUUUACAAACAUUGUCAUCCACAAGGAAGUUGAUAUGUAGAUAAAAUAACUUGUAAAAGGUUACAGUUUUAUUCCUGCAACUUCAUUAAUAAAAUACAUUUUUUAGUGUUGCCUCAGAAAAGUAGAAUUUCAUAUUUCUUUCACCCUAUGACAAGAGGAGGUAGGUUUUGGUCAUUACCUGCCGAAUUCAGUUGCCCUGAUGCUGCUUCUUUCCCUUCCUUAUUUCAUGAUAAUAAGUGUAAUAGGAAGAAGGAAUUCCCUAGGUUUUUGCAAUCAAGUUUCCAGAGUGCUCCACUAGAGGAGCAAUUUGGAAUACUUUCCAAAACAGUGCUGUGAGAUACAAGGGGAUAAUGUCUAUUCAAGUGCUCUGAAUAAUACUUUAUUUGGGUCAUUGAGAAAAAUGAGCUUUUUUUGUAACAUUCAUGCUGUUAACAUCUCUGCUGUUUUCUAGCAAAAUCUUUAGGCCUGCAUAUACUACAGUUAUUAAAAGGAUGCACUUUUUGCAGUUAAACUCUUCUCAUAAAUUCAUUGUCAUUGCUUUGGUUGCAGCAGCUCAAGUGGCACAGUUACCAGUAUUGCUACAAUUUGUUGCCAGUCUCAGCUUUAAGUUUAUUCUCUAUCAUUUCUGGUGCUUUUGUAUGCUGCUAUGGUUUAGUAUCAGUUAAACAGUGUUAGGUGUUCUCCAUGCUGGCUUUCCUCUUUGAAGAUUUUACAGACCAGUCACAGCUCUUGAUGCAGCUAAAUAAAAGCACAAUUUUGCCCUGCUUCAGAUGUUUUUCCCCCUGUUUAGUUAUGCAGGUAGUUCUCAAAAACAGUGAAGCCUUCCAUACCUGUUCUUACUUAGGAACACUAAAUAAACAGAAAUGCUGUUACUUCCACUUCAAAAUAUUAGAAUUUCUUUUUCCUCUCUUCCAGUGGAGUUAAAGAAUAGGCUUUUCACAAUAGUACCUAGCAGGUUAAAUUACAUAUAAUAAAAAUUAUUUUUUUAACAAAUAAAAUCAUGUUUAAAAAGCAUAUACCAUGUAUGUCUUACAAAACUUAACCUCUUUUAUAUAACUGCAAAAGAAAAAAAAAAAUCCAUGUACAGAUUUAAACAUGACUAACAUUUCUGUGUUUAGUAUUCAGUUCAGUAGAGGGUACUUUAUCUAAACUUGAUACAAGCGAACAAGACACAUAUUUCUGAAGCUGAAGGAAAGUAGUUCUCUUUCUGGACCUGGAGAAAUGUCCCUUUUCCCCCGCUAAAAUUCAGUGAGACAUUGGGAGAUCUGGGAGAUGAAGGGUUUAAGUUAGUAAAGUCCUGCAAUUAAUUGUUGCACUCUUACGGCUCAUCUCUUCUGGAAUGGUUCUUUGGUUUGCAUGGAUGAAUGUGGACUUGCUUCCCAUGGUUAGUGUGUACAAAGAGCACACAUGCUUAUGAUUUGAAUCAGCUCAGACAGCCUACAACCACAUCUUCUGUGGUGGCUGUCAUGGGCAGGGGAUUUACAUUCAGCUCUUAACUGCCAUGUAUUAUGCACAGCUACCGUGGUGCCUGACAGCACCUGAAUUCAGCAACACUUCUUAUACAUUCAUCACCUUUCUGCCAUCCAAUAACUCUUUUUUUCCUCAAAAAAGACAAAAAAUAUCCAACCUCCAUUAUAUUUGCUUUAUCAUAUUGGCACUGCUGUGGGGGUUUUUUUGCAUAAACUGUCCAUUUAAAUUGACAUUUUGGUGGAUAUCAAGGCCUACAGAUAAUUCAGGUGUCUCAUUUUUUGGCUUUCUUUAGGAAAACAAGCAAGGCUGUGUGUUGUACAUCAUUUUGUACAGGCUCUUGAAUGUGACUUCAUGGCUGUUAAUACAGUGCGUAAUACUUGGGAUGAGACUUACCAACUUUUAAUUGUAGAGAACAGUUUCAACUGAGUUAUCUUUGGGCCUUUGUAAAAGCUGUGGUUUUUUCUUUUGGUACAUUGUUACCUCAUUUUGCUAUUUGUGUUUCAGACUUGCUAAUUAUUAUGAAAGCUUAUGGGUUUUGUUGGAAUCAUAUUUUGUCAAGUGUUUUCUUUAAAUCAUAUGCUAUUGUAUCAUUUAACAUGUAGUUUUAAAUGUAUUAUAAAUAUCUGUAACCAAAUCAUUUGAAGGCUUGAUAAAUUUUUAACAGAAUUUGUACAUUUUUUAUGAAAGUUACUAGUAAUGCUUUACUAGGUAGUGCAAUGAAUUUUUAUUUUUAAUCCCUGUGCCCAAUUUUGGA